GGUAUGUUUUUAUUUAAUGUUAUGCUACGCUCCAGUUUCAGAAUUCUGCGGCCCUGAAAUAACAUUGUCAUGCUUGCAUUUAUAGUUGUAUUUAGCGAUUCAUGAGAACUUGUGCUCCGGCUUAAUUAUACAUUCAUAAGCUUGUAUUCGUGGGAAAAGCAUAUAGGGAUCGGAGCCUGGGAGCGUCAGGUGAAUGAGGGGCUGUUUAACAGUCUGCGCAACUUCUUUGAAGUGCAACUCAUGCGCCGACGGCUCCUGUUUGUCAAUGGGACGCGGCAAUUCAGCUCGUCAUUGACGCAUUUUCACAGCGAGACGUUACCUGCAGGACAAAUCUUUCAAUCAGCCGCGUAGGAGCAUAUAAGUAUAGUCAGAGCAGGGAAGCAGCACCAUUAGCCGUCUUAUUUCCUCCCGGUACAUACAUUUGGAACACAAGCAAAAGAUCUGCCAUGGCGCAACUGGAUAUCCUCUCAGCCAUGGCCUUGUCCACACUCUGUCUCUUUCAGCUUGCUUCCACUUGGUAAGUCCGUUACUUUUGGUUCAUUUUACAUUAUGUUCUAUUGGCUUUUCGAAUCUCAUGCAUUAACGUAUAUAUAUAUAUUUGUUUUCUCCCCACAGGACAGUGAAUAAUUUUCUUAUGACUGGUCCAAAGGCGUUUCUUACCUACGCCAGCAGUGUACAGAUGGGCGCACAGAGAGGAAUACGAGAGUGCAAACACCAAUUCGCUUGGGAGAAGUGGAACUGUCCAGAAAGCACACUUAAGCUAUCCACACUUAACAGCCUCCGAAUUGCCACAAGAGAGACCUCGUUUGUGCACGCCAUCAGCGCAGCUGGAGUGAUGUACACGCUCACCAAGAAUUGUAGUUUGGGGGACUUUGAGAGCUGCGGCUGCGAUGACUCAAGGAUUGGCCAGACAGGAGGCAGAGGAUGGAUUUGGGGAGGUUGUAGUGACAACAUAGAGUUCGGAGAAAAGAUCUCCCGACAGUUUGUGGAUGCCCUGGAAGAUGGGCAUGAUGCACGCGCAGCAGUCAACCUCCAUAACAACGAGGCGGGAAGACUGGCGGUCAUAGCAACCAUGAGGAGAGCCUGCAAAUGUCAUGGGGUGUCUGGAAGUUGCAGCAUCCAAACCUGCUGGAUGCAGCUGGCCGACUUCAGGGAGGUGGGGAGCUACCUGAGGAUGAAGCACCAGCACGCCAGGAAGCUGGAGAUGGACAAGAAGCCAAUGAGAGCGGGCAAUAGCGCGGACAGCAGGAGAGCCAUAGCGCACGCCUUUAGGAGCAUCUCCAAAGCGGAGCUCGUAUAUCUGGAGGAUUCCCCAAAUUACUGUAUCAAGAACCUGAGUCUGGGACUGCAAGGCACAGAGGGGCGGGAGUGCCUGAAGGGCAUCAGGAACGUGUCCCAGAGGGAGAGGAGGAGCUGCCGCCGGCUGUGCUACGAAUGCGGCCUCAGAGUGGUGAAGAGACGCACCGAGGUGGUCAGCAGCUGCAACUGCAAAUUUCACUGGUGCUGCACAGUCAAGUGUGAAAAAUGCACGCAGGUUGUCACUAAAUAUUACUGCGCGGGUAAAGACGGCUCAGGGAAACGCCACAAUAAAACCAAGCGCAAACCUGUGACGCGCCGACAGUGACUGCCAUUUACCCAUGAACAUGUGAUUACUUAAGCAUUAUGGAUUUAUCAGCGACUUUUUUGCAUAGUGGAUAUAUUAUUUGGAUUCGGAAAUGAGACAUAAGCAGACGCCUGUUAUUGCACUUUCUCCAUUUUUGAUUGGAAUUUAUAUAUAAAACAUUUUAUUAAAAACCAGAAUCUGCAAAAGCUUCACGCAGAAUUUGGGAACCCACGUUUGGUUUUUAAGUUUUUGUAAGAAAUUAUACAUUUUUGUAUAAUAAAU